AUGGCGCACGAGCCGAAACAGAUUCGCUUUGAGGAAGAUGGUUUCGAAGAUUGGUCAGACUCCCCCGCCUCAUCGCCAACGCCUAGUGUCAAUUCUUUCCAUCGAGGCUCCCGCCCUGAGAGAGGCACAACCCGGAUUCCUGCAGGUAUCGUGUCCAGGCGCGCACUCAUCGAGCUUGGGUACCCUUUCGCCGAGGAUGGCGACACCAUCAUUGUGCAACUAGCCCUCAAGCCCGAUCUCAUUGAGGAACUCCUCAGGUUGAGCGAACACAUCCGUGAUUUCGGGCAAGGAAGUUCAGAAAAUGGCGACGCGUGGGAACCGGAACGUCAAAGCAGAGAACGAAGCUUUAAUUGGAUAAAUGUGGACGCUCCGGCACCGGAAUCUCCAGAUCCGCGAAUGAAUGGCGAUGAACAAGGCGAAGAUGAUUUGGAAUCUACGUUGGAUGAAGAAGAGCUUGAUGAUAUUGAUGGCCCAGUGGUCUAUUCCGGAGUUCUGACACUCGAGAACACAAAAGAUUUCACGGACAACAUCAUGAACAACACUUCUGGGGAAAUGAUGGCUUGGAAUCAGAGGAACUCGAGUCUCAUAGGCGGUGCUGUGACACAACUUUACUCAGCACAUGCCGCGGAGUUCUACAUGGAUCGCGCCGGCAAUGAGAAAAUUACCCUGGUUUGUCCGAAUGACGACGGUUUCGGAAUGGCUGACCCGUCUCUGGUUCGUAUGAGAUGGCUUCACGUACAGACCCAGUCUUUGAACAUGGAAACUUUGAAGGACUUUCUGAGGCAUGCCAUACAACUGGCAGUGAAGAGUCAGAUCAGAUGGAAUGUUACAGACUACGUGUUGGUUGAUGAGGCCGGGAUGUUAAUCACAGCAGACACGUGGCUGAACCUGCUUGCUGAAGGAGUGAUCGAAGACUACGUGUUUGGCCUUCGCGAUAAAAAUGCGGUAAAUCGAACACCGAACGAGGAGUUUCGUGCCCUUUCCGCAAAGCUUCUUACUUCAAGCAGCCGAAGCAGUCUUGGAAGUGGAAGGUACUCGCGCCGAAGUUCUUUCCGGUCUGAGUUCAGAGGAUCUGAGCUGAACAUGCAAAUGGUUGUGCGUCCUGAGAUGUGGGAGUAUGGUACCGGCCCGCCAGAAGACUUUGAUGGUGUUGCCGAAGAUGAUGAGGAGUAUUGCGACGAGAACAAUAGCAACACCGACAACAACAAUGCGAACGACAGUGGCAACGAAGACGACAAUGUUUCUGGCAAUGGCGAUGGAGACGAUGGUGAAGACGCGGAUGAAAACAUGUUCGAACGGGCAGACGAACUGCACAAGUUGGUCACAAGCGUGACUAGCUUGAAUGGCUCGCUCAACCACAGCGACAGCAGACCCCAUCUCCCUAGUAGCCUGGUUGAGGCCUUCGAACGCAUCAUUCGCCUAUUCGUUUUGAAAUCCAAAGAGUUCUCUUGGAUGAACAGGUUUGCGCUCCGUACAGAUCUGACCCAUGGUGCGCAUGCCGAAAAGCGAUUGGAACACCUCAAAAGAGCGGCGGAGACAACCGCGGAACAGAUUCGGGGACUGCUCAACCGCGCCAAAGAUGACAUCAUGCUUCUUGGUACUAGCAAGGGUGAUAUGAAUAGAAUCAUCAUAGCACCUAUUGGACCCGAGUUCCUAGUGGCCUCGCUGAUCAGCAACCUGCAGAACAAUAUGUUUUUCCGCGGCUCUGACAAGAGACUUGAUCUCAUCAGCCAUUACCGCAACCACACCGCCAGACUACGGUUCGACACCAAUAGAAGGCCCAAGAGAGAAGCAUUUGUAAAGAUACACGCUCUGGAGGAGGAGUUGGAAGCUCUGCAGCUGGUGGCUGCCUCGCAGCAAGGGCUAUGGAGAGCCUACCAGAAGCUGUUCUCUCCACUGACAUUCAGAUAUCCGACCACCGACUGGUUCUACUACAAAGAAAGGAAGUCAAUGUUCAAACUUGAGAGCAAAUGUGGCUCGGGCGACAUGAGCUAUGAGAUCGACAAAAAGAGAGGCAUAUUUGUCUCCACGAGGGCUGAUCCGAGUGAAUACUACGAGGCUUUCGACGAGGAUGAUUCGAAGCCCACGAGCGACGACUACAAACACCAAAAGAAGUGGACCGACGCAAACGAGAAGAUACAGGUUUUCGAGAACGAUAGCCUCAUGACCGAGAGGAUUGCUCUUGUGGUCAGCGAUUUGCGCUUCACCUCGCUGCAUGCGAAAGCUCAUCCGAAAUGGUUCAGCUUCUCCUACGGAAAGGAGCGAACCCAAAUGCCAUCAAUAUGGACGGGCGAUCUCCACUUAUGGAGGCCGCACUAUGGGGACGAGUACAAAAUGUCGAAUGUCUUUUGGAGUACGGCGCCGACAAAGCGAUUUCUUGUGUUUCCCAUGGUCGACCAUUCCGAGCCGCAGACUUCGCGAGGCCAUUUCGAAACAACGUCGAAGAGCGUCAUUCUUGGAGUAGUGGAGUCUACGUAG